GACAUCACUGGAUAUAUUUACUGCGACAACUACUUCGAGUUCUACUUCAAUGGUCAGCUGAUUGCGAAGGAUCCCCUGGAUUUCACGCCUCACAAUGCCGUGAAGGUCAGCUUCCAAUACGACGAAACUGCGAACAUGUCCAAAACCUACGCGAUCCUGUGCCUAGGUUUCCCAGUAGUACCCUGUUGCCCUUUUCUUUUGGGGUUCCCUUAA